AUGGACGGGGAUUCCCCUUUAUCGAUUCCGUAUGGCCACGCCUGUAGUACGUGUGCUCGCGCCAAGGUUCGCUGCAUCCCUCGGGGUCGAGAUUCCCCGUGUGAGAGAUGUCAUCGCUUGGGAAAGGAAUGUCGUCCUGGAUCGCGCCGUCGCCGUCCCAAGCGGCUUUCCAAGGCCGCUCAGCUGGAGCAGAAGAUGGAUGGGCUAAUGUCUUUGCUCCAAUCAUCCGGACAGCUGCCCGGAGGACCAAGAGGAGACCGGCAUCUUCCCGUCUCCGCUGGUAGUCAAGAGGGCGCGGAUCGUACCUGUACAGCAAAUCCGCUCUGUACUCCCGACACGGGGACGGGGAUCGAGUCCGACGGUAGUGUUAGCCCGCGCCACUCUCCGCCCACCGCCAUCAUCCCGCCCAGCCCAGCGGAAGCCGAGGCAAUGCUGCAUUCGUUCCGAACGGACAAAUUGGCUUGUCUUCCCCUUCUACAUAUUCCUAGUACGGCUACACCGGCUGACCUGGAGCGUGACUCUCCCUUUCUCUGGCGCUGCAUUCUCACCACCGAGACCAAAGAUGCCGCGCAGCAGGCCUUGCGCUGCGUCGACAUCCGUCAGACCGCGGCCCAGAUUACCAUGGUCGACUGCGACAAGAAUCUGGACCUGUUGCAGGGAUUGCUGGUGCAUAUUGCCUGGAUCUCUUUCCAAAGCUAUCCUCCAAAAUCGAUCAUGGUCUUGUACUGUCAAAUAGCCACCGCGCUCAUCUGUGAACUGGGCUUGAAUCGUCCGGUCCGGAGUGACCUCGCCAUGCUACCCCCCGUAUGCAAUGACCUCGUGCCACCAGCACCGAAGCAACCUGCACCACGCCCCAGAACCCUGAACGAGCGGCGAGCCGUACUGGGCUGCUUCGUGAUCAGCUCAGUGAUUGCUCAAUUUCUUGGCCGCAUGGAGGUGAUGCGAUGGACGCCUCAUAUGGCAGAGUCCGUCGAGCUUCUCUCCACCAGCACCGACUCUCCGCACGACGCCACCCUCGCAAAUCUUGCACGUGUCCGGCUUCUCGUCGAGCGCAUCCGUGAGGGGCCGUGGAACGAGAACUCAAGUUCGAACGGCAUCCCGCGUGCACCACUGCCCUUCUACAUGAGCAGCUUACAAACCCAGCUCACCCAGCUCCGAGCUGACGUUCCUUCCGCCCUCCUCAACAGUAACCCUCUCAUAUUCUACAUCUUGCAAGCAGAAACUACACUAUACGAGACGGCUCUCAUCCACCCUAAUCCCGAGACUAACGAUACCCCCGGUGCUCUCGACUCCUGGCGGCUCGACCACCUCUGCGCAUGCCUAACCUCUGUUCGCUCCUUCUUUGACAGCCUUCUUACAACGCCGAUCCGCACUUUUGCCUCCUUCCCGAUCAUCGAAAGCAUUCUUGUCGCGCACUGCCUGGUCACUCUCUCGCGUUUGACCUUUGCCGACAUCCCCGGCUGGGACACGCGACUGGUCCGCCGCACGGCGGAUGCGAUCCUCAUCGCCGACCAGAUCAGCGACAUGCUGGAGCAGGUCGUCAGUCUCCGGCGGGACGAGCACGAGAAGGACCCGUUCCAUAAGCUGGGCGUCAUGGUGCGGCGACUGCGCGCCACAUGGGCAUCGAGACUCGGGGAGUCCACAACCACCACCUCAGCCGCCGAGGGAGGCUUACUCGACUCGCAGCCGCCGCUCCCGGGUCAGCCGCUCCCUCCAGAAUACGGGUACCCCGAGCAGACGCAACUAUCGGGCCAGAUGCCGGGGACGAUGGGGGACCUGUGGGACUUUGAUAUAUUCUUCGCGGGGUCGGACAGCGCGUGGUUGAUGGAUGCGGUGACGACGGGGGGACUUGGUUGA